AUGCGGCGACGGCGCACAUGCCACGCUCGUAGCUCUUCUGGCGUACGAAAUGAGAGUCAGACAUCACAACUAACCAAUGCAGAUGGACCUUGUGCACUUGACGGACUCUCCAGCGUUUCAGUGGCUUCGGAUGGCUCCAAUUCGGCCACUGGGGGAUCCGCAAUAUACGGAAAUGUAAACGUGCGUCUGGAUCUUAACGCUAGUGCUCUUAGCGUAGAUGCGACAGGUGCAGUUGCUGUUUUAGCUGGACGCAAAGGUCUACACCUAGUGGAUUUGGAUACACCCUUCUUGCCGCCAUCUACGUUAUACCAUCAGACAAAGCUUGAAGUGACAGUUGUCAAGUGCAAUCCGCAUGCGUUAUUUAAGAGCCAUGUCGCCUCUUCUAGCAAUCGUAAUACACUAAUCUGGGACAUAGCAAAUGCUGGAGUAAACGCGAAUUCAUCUUCUUCAGUCGGACUAUAUCAAGGAUCUUCAGGAACGCAAAAACAUGACCAGGAAGUUGGUGGAUCGCAAACUUCGACGCAGCCUUUAGUAGCUACACUUAGAGGUCAUACACGACCAGUGAGUGACAUUGCAUGGUCACCUAUGGAGCCUUCAUUGCUGGCAACAAGUUCUGCAGAUGCCAAGACAUUGUUAUGGGAUAUGAGGUCUCCUCAGAGACCAGUACAGACACUGAAUGCCUCGAAUAUAAGUGUAAUUCAAAUGGAGUGGAAUCGAGUUGAUGCGACGACUUUAGCAACAGCCCACGAUGGAGAAGUGCGUGUGUGGGAUCUACGUGCAAGUGGAGAGAGAACAGUGGCACCCGUGGCACUAAUCACGGCUCAUAUGCAGAACAUUUACGGCUUGGACUGGAACCCGCAGCGCAUGUACGAAUUAGUAACAUGCUCAGAAGACAAGACAGUCAAGUUUUGGGAUAUCACACAACCAAGAGUGUGUCAAGGAAUGCUCACGACAGGCGCGCCAGUGUGGAGAGCACAGUACACGCCAUUUGGCGAGGGCUUAGUGACAAUCUCUCAAAGACUAGACAAUACCAUUCGCCUCUGGGCACUAUCGCAUGGUCCAGGAAAAAGUGGAAAUCACGAGGAGACAUCAAGUUUGAAUAAUACGAGUUCUAACUCUGGAGCUACCGUGACGGCCGACCUUGUGCAUUCGUUUGUGGGUCAUAACGCUUUAAUUCGAGGAAUGGCGUGGCGUGUUCGUCCUCAAUCCAACGUCUUUCAGCUAGUAUCAUGGUCAAAAGAUCAAGAAUUACGAUUGUGGCAUGUAGAUGUGCCACAGCUUGAGGCAUGCGGCUAUGAUACAGCGUCGUAUCUUGCGGACGGUGCGCCAUCGGAAGGGAAUAACACCAGUAUUCAUCAGCAAACCGACAUUCAUCAUAUGCUACGUACCGAUGUUGCUCAGAUGCACGCUCAGCAUUUCAAGUACAGCCUAUCGGCUCUGAAAUCUGAUUUCUUACCGCUUGUGGUACCAAAGUCGGCAGUACCACUAAGUAAAGAUGAGUACACACUACAAGGCGAUGACAGCUCACUGCAAGCGCUUCUGGCGUUGGAGGAAGAGCUUAUAAAGGGUAGUGAGUUGCACGCACAGUCCUCAAAUAGUGACGAUGAUAGUCCAGUGGCAGACAAAUUUUCGGAUGAUUUGAUCAGUGCAACUUAUCGUGGUACACAUUCUAGCGGUGCCAAAGCUCUGCCAUGUCCUCGAAUAUCGGGAGCGGCCUUUAGUGGUCCUAACAUGCUGCUUGUUUUUGAUUCCCGGGUGGCGAUCGGCCAAUCGCGCAGCUCUGUCGUUCCGACUACAGUUGCAGCUGGCAAAGAGAGUAAGCCACAAGUACCUUCGAAUAAAUUGCCACGCACGUACGAGGAACUACUAGACUUACGAGAUUCUCGCUUUGCAACAAAGAAGAACAAGAAACCUCCUGUAAAGCUUCUUUCAUCAACAAACAUGAUGGGAUCGAUGGACGUUGGUCCAACCGACUGGGCAGGACAGCAGCAGCAAGCCCAGGAUAUGAUUGAUAACGGUGUUGGAAUUUUUGGUGAAGAUGUCGAGACGCAUGGAUAUCGUCAUGCGACCAUGUACUAUCCAUCUGGAAAUGGAGGUGUGGGUGGAAACGAUGAUAUGAUGAACGAGUCAGAGUCGUCAAUCCAUACAGGAUCAGAGUAUUUGAGCAAGUACUUCUCAAGUGCUGAGUACCAUUUACCUGUGAACAAUCCAGAUCAUCUACUGACCAUGCCACCAAGUGCUCCACCCGGCCUUCAGCCUUCUCCACACUUAACAAUCCGGAAUAACACGACUGAGCGAUUAAAUCGCCUGGAGCAACCGACACCAGCGCUUAAUCUGGAUUUAAGUAUCAGCGUGACAAUUCUCGAUCUGUCUAAGCUGUGCGGUGUGUCUUCAAUCCUAACGUACCAAACUGAACUGAUACCGCGGAGUAACAUCCCUCUUGCAUUACCAUCGAAGACGCAAAUGAGAAUCAAGCGCAAAAUGAGCCAGAUUGGAGCUGUGAAUCGCUCGAUGAUCUCUUGGAUGCUACAAGCGGCUGAAGAAGUGCCCUACAAGCGUGGCGUUGUGUCUAAGAAUCAUCUGGCGCAUGUUUUGAAGGGUCUCGUAAAGGAAAAUGAUAAAGCCGAGUCAAAUAGAGGUGUGGAUGGUAUUUCUGAACUCAAUUCGUGCACAGCGCUGGCUGCAACAUGUGUGCAAAAUGCGCGGACAGCUGCGCUUGCAGGACGGCGCGAUUUGCAACAAAUAUGGUCGCUGCUUGGAAUCUCAGCGGCACCUGAUGUGGAGCUGCCCAUUUACAGUAAAAGCGUAGAUUCGACAAAUUUGCGAAGGCUACAAACGUCACAUCCAUGGAGUGCACACCCUUUGGGAAAGCGUCUUGUUCAUAAAGUUUUGGACAUGUACGAACAAGUCGGAGAUGUACAGGCGCUGGCAUCCAUUGUGUGUGCACUUAAGCCUAGCGAGCGCAAGGGAGCAGAUGAGAGUCAUUAUUCGGUCACGCCUUCAGCUAUCACAAUGCAGGACCAGCUGCCAGUCGUGCAGGAAGAUAGACGUUCGAGCACCGAGGACGUAAAUCAUAUCUUGAAGUCCACUCCAAGUGACACCACAAGUGUCAGCAAUGGCAUGCGCACUAGACACUUGUCGUCUAAUAAUUUAUCUACCGAAUUCAGUGAUGCCCCUCCUGUCAUGAAAGGGGCUCGACGAUCAAGUAGCCACAGUGAGGGUCGAUCCCAGGGUCUUACGUUUGAUAAAGAUGCUACUAUGCGUGCGUUUAAAGACUGGCAAGGGACAAAUAUCGGGACAAAUAGCAACGCAUCAAGUCGUCACUCAAGUCCCAGUCGAGAUCAUAUGCGUGGUACGAAUCGCGAUGGAAAAGUACCACACUACGGUUGGAAAAUGGACUUUGAGCGAUUAGAGAAUCCUUUCAAGACGUGGAGUGGAAAUUCUGGAAGGGAAGCCCCUCCUCCUCGAUUGACAGCCGAUACUUUCCAGCCUCCUAUCCAGGCGGUUAAUGGCAAGUCACCAGCACCUUCAAUGACAGCGUCGGCGUCCCCACGAAUUGAUCCUAUGGCUUCUUCUCCAUUGCACGAAUCUUUUGAUGGUCUAAGUAAAAAGGAGGAAGUGGAUGUAACUGAUCGAGUUCAGUUAACGUUGAGCUUUCGAUCGAUGGAGGAUGAAAAGUGUCUACUUUCUUUACUCCCAGAAGAUGAAGCUCGUUACGAUAUCUACAAAGAAGCAUAUGCAGAUGUAUUGUAUCGGUAUGGUGCAAUGAAUUUGCGCAAUGAAGUGUUGAAGACGAAAUCGUACGGCACCCAUGACCCGCGUGGUAUUUCAAUAGGACUGGUGUGUGCCUCUUGUACUUCGAAAACAAUUGAUUUAGUGUGUUCGAGUUGUCGAGAUUUUGCUGUGCGCUGUUCAGUGUGUCAACUUGUCGUGCGAGGCCAAUCAAUGUUUUGUAUGACUUGUGGACAUGGUGGUCACACUGCGCACCUUCGCGAAUGGUUUGAGAUCGAAACAACAUGUCCAACCGGUUGCGGGUGUUGGUGCAAACAAGCUACAGCUACGAUGCCAGCCUAUCAGCUAGAGGAGCAGCAGACUGAUGACAAUGUUUCGCUUACGAGAUCUCAAUCAUUUUGA